AUGAUAAAUAGUAAGCUGGUAGCCUUUUUGGAGAAUAAGAUUAGUGAGAAGAAACAGCAGAAAAAGCCUGGAGAAAAAUAUAAAAUCAAACUUAAUGCAAGGAGAGGCUACAUGCCGAAGAUAGGCUCAAAAAUUUAUGAGAAUAAAUUAGCUAUAUCAAGAUUAAUGGCUCAAAAGAAGUCGUCAAAUUUUUCUCAAACAAGAGAUUUUGAUAAUUCCUUCACAAGUGAUGACUACUCUCCGUAUUCUCUCAAACGAAGAAGUAGAGUUAUCAACAGAAGAUUUACUUCAAACUUUCUUCCAAAAGAAAGUAGUACUAGAAGUCAAUUAAGAAGUUAUGGGAAAAUGAAUACUACAGGGAUGAACUAUAUGCCAUACACAAACACAAAGAGUUCUUUAAACACAACUUGGAAUAGGGAAUCUAACUUUAAGAAGUAUUUCUCAAAACCCACAAUUUCCUCGACAAAGGGGUUUACCCACACAAAUUCUGAGAAGUUUAUAAGUAGAACCAUUUAUGGAGGAAAUCUUAUGAAAAGUCAUAGCAAGAAGUUCAAGCCUGCUGUUUAUCAGGACAACAAGAGCAUGCCAAAGAAGAACUCUCUGAACUAUAGAGAGAUCAAGCGUCUGAGAGAAGAAUUCAACCUUGAAAGGAAUGAAGUCUAUACCUUGAACUCAGAGUAUGAUUCGAUGCUCUACAUGCAGGAUAACAAAACCUCCAAAGGAGGAUUAGACCCUGGAGGGUCUAAAAACUCCUUCUUUGAUUUUGGGGGUGAGCAAGAGGAGAAAGGGAUCACAUGCCAGUUCUUCUUUGAUAAUGCUACCUUUAUUAAAGGGAUCCUCCCUGAAAUAAUGAAACGGAUUGUCAUUGCGUUAGGACUUGAUGCUGAUAGUCCUAUUACCACUCUAAGCAAAGAGCACUACUUGAAAUUAUACUGCAUGCUUGAGAAAUCAACUUAUAAAGAUGAUGGAGUCAAGUUUUGGUGCACCUUUUUCGACCCUCAUGGGUUUGGGACUGUACCAGAAAAAGAUUACAUGAGUCUUCUUGAGAAAAUGGUUAGAGGGAAGUCAUAUGAUUUCUCUAACCAUUUUACACAACUAUAUGCUGAGAAGAUACAGAAAAUUUUUGAGGAAACAGGAUGACUUCUGCCUGAAAAUGAACUUGUUAUUUCAAAGUUUAAAAAAUGCCUUCAGAAUGAAAGAGUUCCAAAUGCUCUUGAAAAUCCUGACAUUCCUGUAAUCAAAGAAAUCUGGUUCUCAUCAGCUCUUGGGAAUCGGGAGCUGAUUCUAGAUGAUUAA